AUGGCUUCUCGAGGACCCGCCGGCCCCCGCGGCCCCAAUAACCGCUUUGCGCAAUUCAAGCUGGUUCUUCUCGGAGAGUCGGCCGUAGGCAAGAGUUCGAUUGUCCUGCGAUUCGUAAAGGAUCAAUUCGACUCUUUCCGCGAAUCCACAAUCGGUGCUGCGUUCCUUACCCAAACCAUCUCUCUGGACGAGAACACAACUGUCAAGUUUGAGAUCUGGGAUACGGCUGGCCAGGAGCGAUACAAAUCUCUCGCUCCCAUGUACUAUCGAAACGCCAACUGCGCUGUUGUUGUAUACGAUAUUACGCAAUCUGCCUCUCUAGAUAAGGCUAAGGCGUGGGUGAAGGAACUGCAGCGACAGGCUAACGAAAACAUCAUCAUUGCUCUUGCCGGCAAUAAACUCGACUUGGUCACCGAGCAACCCGAUAAACGAGCGAUCCCGACCGCUGAUGCUGAAGCCUAUGCACAGGAGGCUGGUCUAUUGUUCUUCGAGACCUCCGCGAAAACAGCUGAGAAUGUCCGUGAGCUCUUCACAGCUAUUGCCAAAAAGCUGCCGCUAGAUCAGGCAGGUCCUCGACACGCUCGACCAGGGCAGCGACCAGGUGUUACUCUGCAACCCGAAAGCGGAAACACCAACGCGGGCGGACAGUGCAGCUGUUAG